GUCUUGCUCGCUGCCUCCUGGUUGUUUCAGUUCUGUGAAGCAUCUGAACAAACCAAAUACAAGGAGGAACACCAGUUGUGUUGAAAAUAUAUCGUGCUCUUCAGGAUGGACCUUUGUCCUGCUGAAUCAACUGGCUUGACUGGGGCUGAAGAGGCUGAAAUAGAGACAAUCAAGAAGCGCAGGCAGGAGCUUUUGGAUGACAUUGAGAAGCUGAAGGAGGAGAUUGCUGGGGUGUUUGCAGAAAUUGAGUGUUUCCAACGUGGAGAGGAGAAGCAAGUGGCAGACAAUAAUCCUGAAGAGCAGAUCAGCAAGCUGUCACAGAGGGAUAAAAUUCUGUCCCUGGGCCGGAAGAAAUUCAACAUGGAUCCCGAAAAGGGGAUCCAGUACCUGAUUGAGCACCAGGUAUUGUCUUCAGACCUUCAGGAGAUUGCCAGAUUCCUCCACAAGGGUGAAGGCCUGAACAAGACAGCCAUUGGGGAUUACCUGGGUGGGAGGGACCCCACAAACAUUCAGAUCCUGCAGGCCUUUGUGGCAUGUCACCAAUUUGCCAACCUCAACCUGGUGCAGGCGCUGAGACAGUUCCUCUGGAGCUUCCGGCUGCCUGGGGAGGCGCAGAAGAUUGACAGGAUGAUGGAGGCCUUUGCCAACUGGUACUGCAAGUGCAACCCAGGAGUGUUCCAGUCCACAGAUACCUGUUAUGUACUCUCCUUCUCUAUCAUCAUGCUUAACACCAGCCUGCACAACCCCAAUGUGAAAGACAAACCCCACUUCGAAAGGUUUGUGUCCAUCAACAGAGGCAUUGACAAUGGAGGGGACCUGCCAGAAGAGCUUCUAAAGAAUCUGUUUGAGAGCAUAAAGAACGAGCCGUUCUCCAUACCAGAGGAUGAUGGCAAUGACCUCACCCACACUUUCUUCAACCCUAACCGUGAAGGCUGGCUGCUGAAACUAGGAGGACGUGUAAAAACCUGGAAACGCCGUUGGUUCAUUCUGACUGAUAACUGCCUGUAUUACUUUGAAUAUACCACGGACAAAGAGCCUCUGGGCAUCAUCCCCUUGGAGAAUCUAUCAGUCCGGAAGGUGGAUGAUCCCAAAAAGCCAAACUGCUUUGAGCUCUUCAUUCCCAACUGCAAAGGGCAGAAGAUCAAAGCCUGCAAAACAGAUGGGGAUGGGAAGGUGGUUGAAGGCAAGCAUCAGUCCUACAAGAUCUCAGCAGCCACUCCAGCAGAGCGUGAUGAGUGGAUUGAGGCAAUACGGACUAGCAUCACACAGGAUCCUUUCUAUGAUCUGGUCUCUGCCCGUAAGAAAAAGAUUGCCAGCAAAAACUGA